GCGUUGAACUCUGUCACCCGGAAGUGUCGGCGUGUGUGAGGAUUGUUUACAUUUGCUGCAGCUCGUCGAGAUGAAUCCUCCGAUGAUCAACUCGACCAACUCCGUUUCAACAACUAAAAGGAAACGAGAAGCCGAGCGCUCUGUGAACUGGACAGUGGAGGAAACUCAGGUGCUGCUGUGCGCCUGGAGCGACGAGCGCAUCCAGAAGAGUUUGGCUGAAAACCUCCGCAACCGCCACGUCUUCAAACACCUCUCAGCCCGCAUGAGUGAAAUGGGUUUCUCUCGGAGCCCGCACCAGUGCCGUCUACGGGUCAAAACUCUGAAGGCUAACUACGUGAGAGCCAAACUGCAGAGGAGCGUCGACAGCUCGCAGCCUUGCACCUUUAAAUACUUUGCAGAAAUGGAUGCUGUGUUGGGGAGGAGGUCAUCGGGAGGAGUAGGAGGGCCUUAUUUUGUUUCUCCAGACCAGAUGGCGGAGCGGCACCUUGACUCCAUUGACAGGACAGGAAGUAUCGCUCCAGAUUUAAAUUCUAAUACAGAGAUUAGUGGACACCAUUUUGGUUCUGCGGGGAGGACAGGAAGACAGCGUUUGAGCUCUUUAGAGGGAAGAGGAGGCCGUCAGUCCUGGCAGCUCGACUCUGAGGUCAAGUUGGAGGACAGAGAAGAUUCAGUGGAUGAGUUUGAGUUCAGUGACGCAGGAUUCCCACAAUGUCCCAGAGACAGAUGCCACGAAGUUUAUCUGGAAUCAUCCAUCCACCGUGACAUGAGUCGUACUCCAGUGGAAAACAGCUUGAGCACUCCUUCUCCACAUGUAGCACCACCUCCACCAUCUCCUCCUCCUCCUCCUCCUGUUACCCAGUCGGCUGCCUCUCCUCUCCCUGCACCCCCAGAUCCAGACCCCCCCACCCUUCCCACCUCUGGCCACCACCACCCCGAGUCCCCCUGCCUGGAACCCGUCCUCAAGCACCUGUCGGAGAGCUUCCAGCGGCUGGUGUCGGAGACGCGGGGCCUGCUGGUGCAGCUGGAGAGCCAGCGGCAGGAGCAGGCCCGCUGGCACCAGGAGCUCCUGGCCCAGUGGCUGCAGAGGGAGGAGCGCCGGCAGAGGGAGAACGCUGAGAGGGAGGAGAGGAGGGAGAACGCUCGCAUGGAGCACGAGAUCAGAGUCCUGGAGCUCCUCACCAGUCUAGCCAGAGAACAGGGGUGUAAAUGUGGAGGCGGUCAGGCUGUAUCAGAGGCACCGACGGACAGAGACAGAAAUUAAGUUGCAGGCGUGAAAUAUUUUUAACCCAAAGUGUGGAAUGGUGUUGAAGCUCAGGUGGAACUAAAUAAUGGCACUGAUAAUGCAAACCAGCCACGUUCAGGACGGCUUGUUUUUUACAGUAAGUGAACCACAUACACAAACAGACACUCAGACUUUGAGACUGUGAGUCUGUUGUGCUCAGAAAGUUUAAAACACUAAGUUUUCUCUCUGUUCUCUGUCACAACAUACAGUAUGAUACAGGAUUUAUUAGGUGUCACUUGAUUGUACCAAAUAUGACAGAAUGCACUUUUAUAGAAAUUAAAAAACAAGAUAUUUUCAACCA